CACCCAUCCAUCCUCACCUUAUCCAAUUCGUCUCCCCUCUUCGCCCUUCCGUUCCUGUUCCUGUAGCUCGAUCUAUUUCAAUCGCCACUCUACUCUACUCUCCAAAGAAACCAACUCGACACCAAUCCGAAGACCCAUCUCCCUCGCAGUCUGACCUUCUAGCUAGGAUUCUGGCGAAGAUCUAAGAAGAUGACCAGAUCCCAACCCAACAUCAUCAUCACGGGGACGCCCGGCGUGGGCAAGACAACACACUGCGAGACGUUGGCGGAGAACACGGGACUGAAGCAUUUGAGUGUCAAUGACGUGGUGAAGGAACGCGCGUGUCAUGAUGGGUUUGAUGAGGAAUACGGGAGUUGGAUUGUUGAUGAGGAUAAGGUGGGUUUUUUUUUGUUUGGUUUUCUUUUCUUUCUUGGGGGGGUUUUGGGGGACUGGGGUUUGGAGAAUGGGGGGGGAGAUGAUGGAGGGGGGUUGAAAGGAUAAUGGGGAUAUGGAAGAGGUCGGAGGAGAAAGAGAGAGAGGCUAAUAUGGUGACUAGUUACUUGAUGCGAUUGAAGAUGAGGUUAAACAGGGAGGGUAUAUUAUCGAUUGGCAUGCUUGCGAUUUAUUCCCCAAGAGCUGGGUUGAUCUUGUGGUUGUGCUGAGGGUUGAUUCUACGAUGUUGUAUGAUCGGUUGAAGGCUAGGUAUUUGUCCCCCUUCCGUAGCUCUUUCCCUUUGCCAUCAACCCUUACCUUUCUUUCACCCCCUUGACGAACCAUAUCUUUUCUGCUGGGUCAAUCUCCAUGCUAAUAAUAUGGAUCGACGUAGAAACUACCCCGAAAACAAACUCCAAGAAAACCUCGACUCGGAAAUCAUGCAGGUCCUCCUACAAGAAGCAAGGGAUUCAUAUGAUGAGGAGGUUGUGGUGGAGUUGUAUAGCAAUACGACUGAGGAGAUGGAGAGUAAUGUUGAGAGGGUGGAGGGGUGGGUUAAGGCUUGGAGGGAGAAUAAUGAGAGGAAAGACAAAUCAUAA